GUUCUGUCGACAAACACGUUAGGGUUGGCACGAUUUGGUUGGAGCCAAACGCAACAGUUGAGAACGAUGUGCCCCGGUAUGUUCAGGUCGCGCACUUCGUUUGCCACCAUCAGCUCUUGCGGUUUUCUGCGGCGACAACAGCAACGAGACCACAAGCAGUUUUCCACCGUGGAGCCACCAGAUCAAGGCGAACAUGUCCAGUCUACAAGCCUUCUUCCGAAUAUCGUGGCCCCUGCAAUUGUGCCGCUCACGGUGUCGCUGUCACUGCAGUGGCCAGACUUCAUCAGCACUCACUCGCUGACGUCGCAGUCAGUGACGUCAGUCGCAACAGCCCAGUCGUCACCACCAACAUCGCUUGGAGAGGUGCAGCUGCAGCCAGCAACGACGAGCUUGCCUGCUCUACCCACUCACACCCCCGUUGGUGAUACUGCCAAGUCUGCGGGUAAGCUCGCAAGAAAGGGAAAAUUGAACACCAAAGAGCAAACGAAGCGCACUAGAGGACCAACAAAAUGAUUGAGGAGCUGCUGGACUUCCGCUUUUCGGACGGAGACGUGAAGCGUCAUCUCGAGACCGCCGACACGAAGACCGAAAAGACUCUGGCCUGGCAAUUAUUUGCCAGUGUGCUGUCAGAUUCUCUGGGCAUGGUACUCACCCCCAUCAGGUAGGCCUAAACUCUCGGGCGUGCGGGUACUGCGCUCUAACUCUGUUGUGGGGAUGGGG